AUGAUCAAGUUGCCGGACACAGGGAUGCGUGGUGCCGUCCACGGUGCAUUGCACGUGGAAACUGUCGAAUUCCCAACGAGGUUAAGUAUUAGGGAACUUCGCCCUCUCAUUGACCAUCCGCUUCUGGCACCAUCGACUUUGGAAAAGUCCAAUUCAUGGACAUUAAUAGUCAGAGGAGUCAUUCGGCAACUCCGCCAGAAAUCGCCAGUGGGCCUCCGACCACAAGCUACAUACACUCUCGUCAGAGUCGAAGCCAAAGUGCUACCUCAAGUCGAAACCGAAGCCGUAGUCAGGGUGCAGGUCGAAGCGCCGCUACCGGACGCUUUGUUCCAUACUCGCGCUCUGAAGGCCGAGAUCCCAAAAGUGGGUGUCACAAAUCCUGGGGACAGACCAAUAGCUCCGUUACCAAACACGCAUCUUCUACGAGCCCUAGCUGAGCGUCAACGCUCAAAGUCAAGGACAAGAACACCUAUAUCAAUCCCCCCCCGGCUUCUAAGAGAUCGUCAGCCUCCCAGAAACGACCCAAGAUCAAAUCCUCCAGCGGGUGACUUCGAAGUACCAAAUACUUUGCAGAGCCAAGCCGACAACACCCAACAAGGUCUUGAGGGAGCUGCUAGCACCUUGGAAACCCCUCCGUUACCAUCGACAAGUCAGCCUCCAGAUUCCGGUUUCCCAGGUAGUGAUCACGAAACUCAACCUACGAGCUCUUCGGAUCCAGCCGUCAGUGACACCAGAGGUCAGAAUAGUGAUAGUCCGAGAAUAGUGAACCCCCCUCGUAGUUUCGCUCUGUCGGCUAUGCGAACAACUAUCGAGGAAGACGCUUCUCAAACUGAUGAUACUCUACCUCGAGGAGACUCCAAUCAACGUGGGCAGAAUACAGCCGCUUCUAGCCACAUUUUAGGACAUUUGCUCACGACUCCGAUCACCAUUGCGCAAGUUCUGACGUCGUUCUAUCGAGGGCGGCCAAUGCAACGGGCAGUUACUCUUGCUCCAGAUGCACUCGAUGGUCAGGUUGUAUCUGAGCAUAUAGAGGGACGAUGGUAUCAUGACCUCGAUAAUGUGGCAACGUACAUUGGUGAAGACUCCGGGGGUCGCGGUCGUGAAUCACCUACUCCUGGACAUGUUCACGAUAUCGUUCUUUCUCAACCCCUCUAUGAGAGGGAACUAUCCCCUUUGUCUCUCAUGGAUUGCGAUACUGCUCCUCUCGGCAACGAUGAUCACGUACCUUUUGAGACGACCGGAAUUCAUGAUAUCGUAGCGAGGAACCCCAUCUACUCACCGCGCGAGUCUCAGCCUAGUACUCCUCGUCCACCCCCCCUACCCGAAGGGCUCAGUCCAUUGCAAUGGUAUCUUCCGAACGACCCACUUUAUCGGGAGGCACCCCCUCGAAAUGAAAAUCACCAAGUGCUACGCAUGGACCCAAUAGGUCGUCUGUGCGAUCAGGUCUCAGGAUUAGCGCAAGUGAUACAAACGGAUCGUCAGCAGCUUGGGGAUCAGAUCCAAGGCUUGGUGGACGCUGUGCAGUCAGACCGUCGACGGUUUCAAGACCAGAUCGAAGCACUUGAACAAAGCCCUCUUCGAGGUGAUGGUUCGCGGCGCAAAGGUAAACCCAAGAGAACCAGCAACCCGAAGCGGAGGCCAGGGGACGGGGUCCUUCUAGCAGCCCAGGUUCGGUCUUACUUCACUUAUCUCGUUGGUGGAUCACAUCGUUUGCUGGAGGUCUCUGUCAGCAUAGAAGAAGCCGACAACUACGCGAUUCUGUGGAACACAGAUAACGGCUUGUCUGCGCCGGACUGUUGCGAUAAAGAUAAUUUUAGGUAUGAUGUUCUAGGUUCUCCCAAGUCUCCGUGGAAUAAGUCCGCAGCGCGAGUGUUUGUCAAAGCCUUUGAAGAAUGGGCAGGGGUGGAGCUUGACCAAGAAACCACGAUGGAAGCCGUUGCCACUUGGAUCAAGUCUUUGCGACAGGCACGCCGCCAGUCACUUCUAUCCCGUACCCAACAGGAGAAAGAAAAAGGCAGGGCAAGGCGCCAAGGAAGGAAGCGUUCGGUUGAGUGUUUCUUUGACCUCCACCGCGUCUUUGAUGCUGCUCAGCAACACCCACUACUUCGCCAACACGUACCUUUACUUGAACGAUUGGGGGUGGACGGCAUGUCUAGUGAUGAAUCAGAUGUCGAUGAACCCGGUGAUGGCGGAUCGCGGGCUAAGCGUCCUAUAUACCAGGUUAUCACCCCCGCGUGGAGAGCGACAGAGGUCGGAGAUUGGCUGGAAGGGUUUGACAGUGUUUAUUCCCUCUUACGUCGCUCGAAGCAGGACCUACGAGGACAGUAUCUGCGACUGCGAGGCAGGAUCCCGGUGGUAGUGGAUGACAAGGCCAAGCCAGUCCCAUCGCUACCCAGGAAUGCCUACCAUAGCUCCUGGAUCAGUCUACAGAGACAACCUGAAUUUUGCCUCAAGCCAGUCGAUCAAGAUUAUCCAUUCUGGCAUGAAAAUGGUUUGAUUAGUUCCCUCCAAAUUGGCUGA